AUGCGCUGUUCGGCUUCUUUCGUAGCAGCAAUGGCGUCCUCCUUAGCCGUGUGCAGGUUACAUAUGAGGGGAAGGGGCAGCCUGGCGAAGUGCCUACGGAAGGUCGACACGUUUCUUCACAGGAGUAUCGGGACAAACGUUGUCGCAGCGGAAGGUGAAGCGCUUCGGAAAGAUGAAACCGAAGAAACGAAUGGACGCAAAUCUUUCUAUGCCGUCCUGGCGGAGAGACAAGAACAGGCGGAGAGAUCGGUUCUCAUCAGCUGCCAAUCCAGAAGUGAGAAAAAGUUCCUCAAGUUUAUUUCAAAACACGGAGAUGUCAAGAAAUACUUCUUUUAUGAAAGCUACGGCGUGUAUGCUGUAGUGGAAUUUGCAAAUCGUGAAAGCGUUGCCUCGUUACUCGAAGAGGCAGUCAUCCCCAACAGCAGCCAUGAAUCCUCGGUGCCUUUUAAAUCGAGACUGCUGACAGUGAGGAAUAUUGGCUCAGCGGACUCAACAAGCCAACAGUCAGGCCAACAGUACCAACCACAAACCAGCAUUCCCAUUAACGAACUCAUAAAGAAACUGUCCAGAGAGAAGAGUAUAGACCAACAAAUAAACACCCUGACAGAUGUCUAUCAGCUAACAGACGAGAACAGCCGACUGCGUUUCCUCGUCUGCUCUCUGCUCAAGGACGUUGUUGCUCCUUAUUUCCCAGAAUGCACCGUCAAGCCGUUUGGCUCGUCAGUAAACGGCUUUGGAAAGCUGGGCUGUGACCUGGACAUGUUUCUGGACCUGGAUGAUAUCAGUGGCAGAAAUGCAAAGAUGCCAAAAUCAGGUCUGUCCCUGGAGUUCCAGAUGAAGAGGGCCAACUCGGAGCGGGCCGUCACCCAGAGCAUACUGUCCGUCAUCGGGGGGUGUGUGGACCAGUUUGGGCCUGGGUGUGUGGGGGUGCAGAAGAUUCUCAACGCACGAUGUCCGCUUGUUCGAUUCGCCCACCAGCCCUCUGGUUUUCAGUGUGACCUCACAGCCAACAACAGGGUGGCGAUGAAGAGCUCAGAGCUGCUGUACCUGUACGGAGAGCUGGACCCGCGGGUUCGUUCUCUGGUGUUCACUGUGCGCUGCUGGGCCCGAGCUCACAGCGUCACCAGCAGCAUCCCCGGGGCCUGGAUCACCAACUUCUCCCUCACCGUCAUGGUGCUGUUCUUCCUGCAGAAGAGGAGCCCUCCCAUCAUCCCCACUCUGGACCAGCUCAGGGACCUUGCAGGUCCCGCGGACAAGUGUGUGAUUGAGGGGAACGACUGCACGUUUGUCAGCGACUUCAGCAAGAUCCAGCUCCAGACCAACACAGAAACACUCGAGCAACUGCUGUAUGAAUUCUUCGAGUUCUAUUCCACCUUCACAUUCAGCACGAUGUCCAUAAAUAUCAGAAAGGGUAAAGAGCAGAACAAGCCAGAGGUAGGCCCGCUGCACAUCCAGAACCCGUUCGAACUCUCUCUGAACAUCAGCAAGAACGUCAACGCCACGCAACUAGGGCGCUUCGUGGCUUUGUGUCAGGAGAGCUUGUGGCUGCUCCAGCAGAGUGACACCAGUAUUCCCAGAGGUGGUGAUGAAAAGGUUGCUUCACCUUGGGGACUUGCUACCCUCCUCCUGGCCCCGCAGAUCGCAGGGCUCAAAAGUCAGAAGAAAAGGAGGCCGGAGCCAGCCAGUGAGAGGCUCAAGACCUUGCUGGAAUCCUUGACGAUUAACAGUCAGCAGAAGAAAAGCUAAGACUCUUGGGAGCUCUCAGACAUCGGCUCCAUCCCCUUACUAUCACCUGAACUCAUACAUUGAUAGACACCUUCUGGUUUUGUCGUCUGAUGCCUCACGGUGGAGGCGAAGAGCAGCUUCUGCAGUGGACUAUAGUUCCAAACGUGGACACUUGAGGGUGUUACUGAGGCCUGUGUGAGCAUGUGUUUGGGACCUGGAAUAAGGGAGUGAUUACUGUGUACUUUACUGUAGACUUACUCUGCUGUAAAUAAAUACUGUGGAAACUGAUGCAAGUCCUGCCAGACACUCUGUAGGAGCUGAGACUGUAGAUUCACAGUUAAUAUAUGAGUAUUAUGAUUCACACUAAUCACUAAUAUCUGUUUACACCUUGAACAAAAUCACUAUGGGUAUAUUUUUGUAUUAAUGUAACAUUACAGAUGGAAUAUUCAAGCUUUUAUUGCAAACUUAAAGCACUGGGCUUGGUUAUUAGACGCCCCAAAACUGACAAGAGGCAAUAAAAGGAUAUCAGACUUAUCACAAAUAGAACUCAAUACAUUGGUAUUAUUCAUUAAAGGUGCUGCUUUUAACUCACUUUGAGUCUCGUUCCCAGGUCGUCAAAUACCCAUGACGUCGGUAUGGUCGUCUGACCAAACCACUAACACAAAUCAACAGUAUUUUACGUCCUAGGAAUGAGAGUCAACUAUCAAUUUUUUGCAGAGUUACAUGCAGCAUUUUUAAAAGGAUGUAGAAAGAAAUAUGAGACUUUGCUUCAAUCUCUGAUUAGUCGGAAAAGAAAGAAAAGCUUUUUAUUUUUACUCUACUUCCAGUAACUUGACCCUGCGUCCUCAUAUGAGGACACUACAUUUUCAGUUUGCUGCACCUUAUACUUUGCUCUGCUUAUCUACGACCUGUUGUCCUUCUUCGUGGACACUUUUAUGUGUGGUAGCAAAAGCACAACACAGUAAUCUGUGUAAAAACAAGAUGGCAGCCGUCUCUGCAGCCCAUCCUGUCAUGAAAGUAGGCAUGAUGAUCAAAUUUUAUAGUUGAAACUUCAAGGAUGAUGCUUAGUUCUGUACACUUACCAGGUCCCUCUCUUCCCAGAUAGCUAGGAAGAAUUAAAAAGUGCAUCCCAAAAAAGCUCGGGUCUCAGGAGGAUAUAUGAAGGCUGUGAAAUCACUUCUGUUUUCUUUCACUAGUUCAUUUUAGCUUUUUAGCUCCUGAUGUGUUUCAUCACACUAGAGCAUGACUAUGUGGCACGUUAGCUUAACUGAGAACACUGUUUGUGACACACACUGAGAACCAACUUUGUCACCUAUCGCUACUUAGCUGAAGCUAACUUUCAUUAUAAAGCUACACUUGAGUAAGUAAAGCUAAUAAUCCUCAGCGCCUACAGCCUUAGCGUUGCUGUGUGAACAGCAAUGUAAAGUAUGUUAGCUGGCAAGCUAACGAAACAUGCUUCUAUGCUAAUUAGCCAUUCACGAAAACUAUAUAUUUCCAUAACGCCAUCACCUGCUGCACUAGUUGCUGGAUUGCUUAAUUGAACUGAGUAAGUUUGUGGUAAUGCAGUCAGCUCAUGCUUUCAGUUUUGGUGCUGCAUUAACAGUUAGCAAAAAAAUCUCUGGGUAGCUGUGAUAUAAUAAAAUAUUGCCUUAUUACAAACUAUCAGUUAUCAAAAGAAUUAUCAAAAGAUAGCUUUUUUUUUCAAUCAGCUUACUGGCUGAAAUGCUUUAGCUACUGUAACCAGACGUAAUGAGGUAGUUCAAGAACAAGUCCUAAAACCCAGAAACAAUUUAGCAUUUUUGCAGCGUCGGUUCCCUCUUAUUGAAGUCAGUUGUUUUUUUGAAUGGGGUUUAAGUUUGACGCCUGAAAUAAGGUUAACAUAAGCUUAAGAGACUUAAACAUUUUGUUCUACGCCAUAAAAUACUCCAGUGAAUACCACACUCUAAAUCUUGAACUUUUGUUUGAACUUAUGUAUCUUAAAAACGAUGGUUGCUAACAAGUGGUUAAAUGAGACUACAGGACGUCAUCACGCCAAACACUGCAAAGGCAGUAUAACCUCGUUGUGAUAGGGAUGUUAAGUCACGCGAUCGCGGUGUAGUUUGUUUGUAGCCUAAUGCUAUCGUUCAACUUCUGGCAAUUGAACAUACUUUUUGAAAAUAAUUAAAAAAGGGGGUCGUUUGUGAAGGUUAUCUUGCUGAACAAAGUCUGUAAUAAUGGUAAACUUUUGUUUGCUACAGAGCUUAUUUUCUGCAAUAAUCUAGGGGAAAAAUCCCAUUGGCUUUUUGACGAGGGAACCAAGGUGAUGUUAACUUUCGGGGUACUCUACAAAAAAAACAUCAUCCCUGCAUCAGUCUAUACAGUAAGGCUACAGUAGUGUAGGCAUUAUGGAUGAUCAUAACCUGCACUGACCGGUAUAGUGCAUAGACUGUAUAGUGUUACGAUUGAGUUAGUUUCAGCAAGCUAGUUGAACAGGCUGGUUCUUAGAGUGUUUAGCUACUUGUGUUCUUCGGUAAGCUAAAGAGCCACACAGUCUCAUGCUCUGGUCUGAUGCCUGUCUGAGCAUGAGAAAAACCUGAAAUGGAUGAGAGACUGAUCCUUGGUGUUUGUGAUUUCUCUGAAAUAUAUAAGUGUUUCUAAACAGUCAUCUGGACAUAAACAGGAGGGAUUUUGCGUGACAGGGUAUCAGCACAAGACUGUGUUAUAUAAAGUUAUACUAUGUAUAGUUUAUCUUAAGCUAGGCUAUAAAGUUACAACUAUACUUGUGCUAAUUAACAUAACGUUAUCUAUCAACAGUAGGCUAACAGUCUGUGGGUGGCAUCAAAGACCAGGACUGGCACCAUGUGUGAACAAAUCGACCUUUGAUACCACAUUUAACUAACGUUAUUUAAGUCUCCUCAUUUAACACUAGCAAUAUUUAAAUAUGAUGCAAUGGCCUAAAAAGAAAGUUGUGCCGGCAGGGAUGCAGAAGUACACAUAGCUGUUUCCAUGGUUACCAUGCAGAGCACCUGGUGUUCACUCGCGGAGUGCUUGUCUAUUCACACAAG